AUGUCAUGUCAGCAGCUAAUUCAAGAAGAUCCGUACAUUUUUACGGAUACAGUCAGUAACUCUACAAGUUUUAUGCAUGAAAAUAAUUCUCAAACAAAAUACGUUCCUCUUAACAGACAAACAAUCUACAACAGACAAUUUCGACAACAUGAACCCAAACUAGCUUCAAUUACAGAUUUGAACAAUUCACUUUUAAAAUCGACGACCUAUUCAGAUCAUAAUAAUAAGAUUGUCAUAAGUCCAACGACGUUAAAAGAAAGAAAGAAUAAUGAACUUAAUAAUGGAAAGAUAUUAAGUUCGAGAGCAUCACCCAAGUUUUUUAAAUCACAUCAACAGCAAGUGUUGUUAUCACAGAAUGAUAAUAAUGGACAACUGUCAAGUGUAAAGAGUAAUUACAAUAAGAAUAGUUUCACACAAAAUCAUUCCAAUGCAUCAUCAGUAUCAAAACAACAACAACAACAUCAUGAGAGACAUUCGGAUGUUUUAAAUCACGUAUCGGAAGCGCUUGAAAAUGGUAUUACAGGGAUCAAAAGGGAAAAGGAGGAGGUAUCGACGACGGAAGUUGUGGAUACAAUUUCAAAUAAUUAUGUGAAAAUAGAAAAUGAAUUCAAAUUUGAAGAUUGUGAUGAUGGCAGCGACAACGACAGCGAUAAUGAUGAAAAGAAUGAGAAAUUAAGUGUUAAGAAAAACAGUAAAAGAACAAACAGAAAGCGAGAUAGAAAGUUGCUUUGUUUGACGAGUUCAUCAAAAGUAAGCAGCUCAAGGAAUGUCAUUGUUGAGCCAAUUUGUGAGAUACCUCGACACGCACCCUUAGUUCAACAGAAAUUAAACGUGAUAGAUAAAAGAUUAUUGCAAAAUUACAGACAUUGCGGUAAUGAGAGUCGCGAUGAGCGAUUAAGCAUGAGAAAAAUGCAACUGCGUCAUGUUCUCAAUCAAUACAAAGGAAUUAAUCGAUUACGUGAAGGAAGUACUGAGCGAUAUAAAGCUCAACUUAGUAAAAGUUUUAAAUUGUCCAAGGUCAUGGAGCGGGAGAAACUUAAAAUUUUAAGGAAGUCUAUUAAACUCUGCAGCACGAAGGAUUGCAAGGAUGAGGCAGUCGUUUCCACAGAUUUCUGCGCUAAACAUAUCCUUUCAACAGAGAAAGAACAAUUCCUUAUACGACAAUGUUGCUUUCGUCAUUUGGAUGGUCAGCAAUGUCGAGUUCCUGUCAAUAACAUUUUGGCAACAAUUGCCGUUUGUAAUGAACAUUUUAAUGCGCCUGCACAUCAGCUUAUCAGUAGUGAUUCUAUAGAGCCAAAGAAGAAUCCAGUUCAACGUAAACGCACCAAGACAAGCCCAUUGAUCCGUCCAGUGAAAAAGAAUGGUAAAGGAGGAAGAAAGAAGAAAUUAUCGACGAUUGCACAAUCAAAUCUUAUCAUGCCAGUUCAUCGACCAACAAUGAUAAUUCAUCCAAGUGAUUUACAAAAACAGACAGUUAAGAGCAGUGGAAAUUCAGUGACAUCCACAGCAACUACAACAUUACUUCCAUUAAAACAGGAAAAUCUGCAUCAUCAAAAUGAUUGUGAUCAAUUUAUUCACUUUAAUAGUGGAAAUUUACUAGCAUCUUCUCAAUCGUCUUAUGGAAGUAUGAGUAGCGGAAAUGAAGAUCUUUACAUUAAGCAGGAUCUGAUGCCGGCAGUUUGUGAGAAUAGUUAUGAGAGUUCAGAGGAUACAGGCGUGGGUGGAUUAAGUGAGAAUGAACUUAUUUCACACGAUGUUAUUGGAAACUUUGAUAUGGAAAGUUGUGCUGAGCUCUCAAAAGUCCUCAGUUCAUUACCUAGUAAUACAUUGGAUGAUUUAUUGACAGAACCGCUUCACACAUCCCGCGACGACGAAGAAUAUCUAGACCGUGCGAUUGAGGAGGUUUCAGCAUCUGGAAUGGAUCAAAUAGCUAUAACAGCAUUUGAGCACUUGGAAGGAUUGGAUAUGCUUGAAAUGUUAGAUGAUGAUGAGCAACGUCAAAUGAUAUCUGCAGCAACAAAUCUAAUUUCAAUGUCCGGAUAUAUGUCACACGAUCAAGACAAUUAUGCAGCAAUGCCUUCACCGAUGAUGUCAUAA